GCUACCGACUUUGGUCACAUAACGGCCCGUCGCGACAAAGCUUCCCCUUUGAUCGGGCUGGAAUCGGGGAGGUUAUGUGAGGGGCCAUCGAAUAUCAAAUUUGACUUCGAAAAGCAAUGCAACUUCCACCAACUCGAGCUCACUACUUUCGCUACUCACGAUGUCAUGGACAGUUUCGAGCGUCUAAUGGUGUGUGCGAUCCUCCUCAUGGCAGCCUCUACCACUGCCGCAGCACCUCAUUCGCGGCACCAUGCGCUGCUUUACGCUGCGAAGCAGGCACAUGCACGCGAUGAGCGCGUCGUCAUGACAGACCCAGAGACUGGGCGUAAAUUUAUGCCUGGGGAAACCAGCCGGGCUCGUACGGUGUACACAGUCGUAGCUUUGUUCUGCGCGGUAGUAUUAGCGCUCCUCUUCGGCCUGCGUGCUAAGUCACUGGCUCGAAACAUCAAGAAAAGAAACAACUUGACCUCUGCGAUCCUGUCGUUUCUCUUCUUGUUUGCGAUAUGCUUCAUAUUUGCCACAGCAGUCGUCGAAAGCGGCCAAAGUCUGGCUUCUUCUAAUCUGUGUUACUCCGCUAUCAUCAUAUGCUUGGUCUUCUAUACCACGAACAAGCUGGCAAUAUACAUAUUCCUCCUAGAGCGUGCUCGUAUCGUUCGUGCACCUUUCAUGCGCCGCCAUAGGGACUGGCUGUGGAUAUCCGGAAUGAUCAUCAUCUGUGCUGGCUUCGGAACGGUCGCUAUCAUUGGAUUCGUCUUCCCUGUUUCUGAGCUCUCGAGAUUGGACGGUCGAUGCCGCAUCGGGCUGCCGCGCAAAGUGGCCUUCCCGCUCAUGUGUUUUGACAUCGGGCUCAAUUUCCUGCUUACCGGGCUCUUCAUAUGGCUUCUACGACCGGUAUUGUCACUCCACCGCGUAAACCUUAUUCCAGGUCUACUCACGAAGACUUCCCAUCGGGAGGAAAACGCUUCGAGCGAGGUAUCACUGAGGUAUAGCCGGCCGCACAUGCAUAAUUUGAAUCACAUCAUCAAGAAUCUUCUUUGGAAAUGUCUCGUUGGAAGUACACUAGUCAUGUUGCCUACGGUGGGCAACAUGGUCACAUUCUAUGUUAUGAGAGGGCGGGAGCUGGGUUGGAUAUGCCUUACGAUCUGUACGCUGGACGUGAGCUGGGGUGUCCUAAUAAUCAACUGGCUAACCAUCGGCUCCGCUCAGGCCGACAGAGCGCUCACGACGCUGAUGUCGCAGCAAAUAGUGAGCGAACCAGACAACGAAAGAGACGGGCCUGUCCCUGCCACAAUCAUGCAGAGCCGGCUCAGUGGCUUAGGAAAACCACCUCCGCCUGCAAAGCUUCACGAUGAAGGACAGCUGUUGGCUUUCGAUCGCGUUUCAUCGGUCCCUAAGCAAUGAGGCUUUGCUCGCCCACGUCAAGGAAGCCACGAACAGCCAGGACAAGGUCUAUAACGUCUUUCCUAUCUGAGGUCCCAAGAAAUUGGGAACUUCCACGAAUCGAAAGCGUUCACCGAGUUCAGUUGACAUGGCUAGGACCUUAAGCGUGAUAUCCUGACUGAG